AUUCCUCACAGUCCAACCACCGGCAGGGAUAGACAAAAAACAUAGGAGAACUUUAUUGCGCGCUUUCACAGGUUUUCUCGCCGAAAAAUCCAAACGCACGCACAAAAUCGCACAAAACCCAUUUUUAGCAUCAGAUUUUCGAAGCACCUAAUCCGAGCGGCGAGCCUACAAUUAAAACUAGAUAAAGAUAACAUCUUUCUUCUCCCUCCAGUCAGCUUCCUGAAGGUUGUAAAAUCUAUCCAUAAGCAAGCCAGAAAAAUCUCAAAGGCAUUCGUAUUUUAAAAUUGAAGAGGGAGGGUACCGGUUUGCGGGGGAUGUGGGACUUCUGCAAGCUGAGCGUCCUUUCUCGUUCUUCAUUUAUCAAAGUAGAAUUACUACAAUAAGAUCAUUUUGAGCUUGACAUAUAUACAUAUUACAAUUGGUAUCUGUUGAUGAGAUUGGGGGGUUGCAGUGGAGGGUUUUAAGUAAAGGAAAGAGAUUGCAGCUGGCAUAAUGGGUGCUGUCUGUUGCUGUUUGAAUUCCAACGGUUUUGAAGAAUAUGUGAAUUCAAAUAGUCCUGUAUAUAGAAACUGUAUGUGUCUCAGUUGCUUUGUUCAGAACCUUUUAAAUGCGUACACAUCACUGUUUAGAAGAGGGGAAGUGCAUUCCAUCACUUCAUCUAUUCAGGGGGCAGCGUCUAUGACUUCUGCAGCAUCACUUGACGACUCUCUAUCUGACAUGUAUCGCUCUCCUCCAAGGCCCCUACCUUACGAUGCCGACCCCAGAUAUUUCUGCUUGCAGCGGGAUGGACUGCUUUCAAGGCGUGAGAAGAGCUCAAGUCAUUUACACGAGGAGACUGAACCUCUAAGAAGUGAUGUUGAUGCAGAUCAUAUGGAAUCUUUCAAUUCAGGAGACAAAUGGAAUGAAUCUGCUUGUGAAGAUGGAUCCAAAGAAUAUCUUUCUAGGUCCUCACUCAAGCUCUCACAGGCAAAUACUAAUAUUGGAGUGGGGAGCAUUUUUACAUCAGCAGAAGAUGAGGAUGUCUGUCCUACAUGUCUCGAAGAAUAUACUCAAGAGAACCCAAAGAUAAUGACCAAGUGCUGUCAUCAUUUUCACCUGGGUUGCAUUUAUGAAUGGAUGGAGAGAAGUGUAAGCUGUCCAGUUUGUGGCAAGGUGAUGGUAUUCGAUGAAACAACAUGAUCUUGAUUGAAAGGUCUGCGUUGUGGAGGAAGCAAGCAGUACAACGAGAGGAAACCAAAAAGUGUACUCAUUGUGAAUACUGCACACUGAAGUGUUUGUUGUCCAUGGUAAAUAUAACAAAUUGUUUUCAUAUCCUUUGUUGUGAGCACAUUCUGUUCCAAAUGUUGAUGGAUCCCCCCUGUUUAUAGUUGGGAAAAACACUUGCAAGUAUAGUUGAAAUACGGCGUAUUUUCAUAAAAUAACAUUGUACAGUCUUGUGAAUGGACCAUGGAGAGGUGAAACGUUUGGACUCCCGCCGGUUGUAUAGUUUGUGUACUUUGUUACAUUGCAUUGUUGGUUCUAUCAAUUAGCUUGGAUAGGGAUUGGCUUCA